AUGGGUUCCCCACCGCGCUUCAGCCCCCAUCUUGCCUGGAGAAGAAUCCUGUGCAUCUUUUUCCUGCCAUUUAUCUCAUCAGGUUUCGCUCCUCGGAUAAAAUAUACAGAUAAAUUUAUAUUUGAAAAAGAACCGCUGACGUCAUCCAAGCCAAGAUUUAACUGGUCUCACCUGACCCCCCUGGAGCUGAAGGACCGGUCUGUAGGACUUCAGGCAGAAGAGGGAGUUGGGAGGAAUCCGUACUUCACGCUGGAGGGUCAUGAGUUCCUCAUCUUUGGGGGCUCCAUCCACUACUUCCGGGUGCCCCGCGAGUACUGGAGGGACCGCCUGCUGAAGCUGAGGGCCUGCGGCUUCAACACUGUCACCACCUACGUCCCGUGGAACCUCCACGAGCCAGAAAGCGGCAAGUUCGACUUCUCCGGGAACCUGGACCUGGAGGCCUUCGUCCUGCUGGCCGCGGAGGUCGGGCUGUGGGUGAUCCUGCGUCCGGGCCCCUACGUCUGCAGUGAGCUGGACCUCGGGGGCUUGCCCAGCCGGUUACUGCAGGACCCCACCACCCAGCUGAGGACCACCAACCGCACCUUUGUGGAAGCCGUUGACAAGUAUUUCGACCACCUGAUUGCCAGAGUGGUUCCGCUCCAGUACCGCAAGGGUGGCCCCAUCAUCGCCGUGCAGGUGGAGAACGAAUAUGGGUCCUUUAACAAGGACAAGAACUACAUGCCUUACCUUCACAAGGCCCUGCUGGAGAGAGGGGUCGUGGAGCUGCUCUUGACCUCGGACAACACGAACAAGGUGCUGAAUGGCCACAUAAAAGGAGUGCUGGCCACCAUCAACAUGAACUCGUUUCGGGCUGACACGUUCGAGCAGCUUUUCAAGGUGCAGAAGAAUAAGCCCAUCCUGAUCAUGGAGUACUGGGUUGGCUGGUUUGACACGUGGGGGAAGAGGCACACCCCUACAGACGCUGGCGACGUUGAAAAUACCGUGACUGAAUUUAUCCAGCUGGACAUCUCCUUCAACGUGUACAUGUUUCACGGCGGGACCAACUUCGGCUUCAUGAACGGCGGCAUACACUUCACACACUACAGGGCUGUCAUCACCAGCUACGACUACGAUGCCGUGCUGACUGAGGCCGGGGACUACACAGACAAAUAUUUCAAGCUUCGAAAGCUCUUCCAAUCCGUCUUCGUAACCCCCCUGCCCCUCCUACCUAAGCCCACCCACAAGGCUGUGUAUCCGUCCAUGAGACCAUCCCUUUACUUGCCGCUGUGGGAUGUCCUGCAGUACUUAAAUAGGCCGGUGGUCUCCCGGACGCCGCUCAACAUGGAGAACCUUCCCAUCCACGGCGGGAACGGCCAGGCCUUCGGGCUGGUGCUCUACGAGGCGACCAUCUGCUCUGGAGGCCGGCUCCACGUGGAGGCUCGGGACGUGGCGCAGGUGUUUCUGAAUGAGACAAGUUUGGGAAUCCUGGCUGACGAGACUCAGAACGUGGACGUUCCUACCAUCACGGAAUGUCAGCUUCUCAGGAUCCUGGUGGAGAACCAAGGACGAGUCAACUUUUCAUGGAAGAUUCAAGACCAGCGGAAAGGAAUAAUCGGAUCUGUCACCAUCAACAGUGUUCCCCUGGAGAACUUCACUAUCUACUCCCUGGAAAUGAGAACCAGCUUCUUCAGGAGGCUCCGCACUGCCAUCUGGAGGCCGGUCUCAGACGACCACUUGGGCCCUGCCUUCUACCUGGGGACCUUGAAGGCCGGCUCUUCUCCCAGGGACACCUUCCUGGCUCUCCCGAGCUGGAAGUAUGGAUUUGUGUUCAUCAAUGGACGUAACCUCGGGCGAUACUGGAACAUUGGACCUCAGGGGACACUUUACCUGCCUGGUGCCUGGCUCAACCCAGGGAACAACGAGAUCAUCCUGUUUGAGAAAAGGAAGAGUGGUUCCUACAUCUACAGCACAGACAAACCCGUGCUGUGAGACUGUGUUCUAACCCACUUCUCGGAUUCCUGGAGUUCAGCUACAUGCGGGUCUUCAGGAGGAAGGUUAACACCAGGAAGAUCAAACACAGUGUGCCUACAAUAGCAAAAAUGUGAAAAUGCCCUAAAAAAUCAAUAGGGAAACUGUCGUGUAUG